AUGCAGCCUCGACGUCGAGCAAGCCCGCUCCCAGACCAAGUCUUCGAAGACACCAACAUGCAUCAACCAGAGCGCACAGCCGCAGGCGAUGCAGCACAGCCACACAAAGACACCGACCUCCGCAACCGCAUCCUCAACUCCCACAAGAACUCUACGACGACAUCCUCGACCGCACCCUCACUCCCCCAACUAAAGAACACAAGCUCCAUCACAUGCGACUCCUGGGUCACUGCCAAAGCCUGGCUGGAAGCAGUCGAGCCGGCGCACACUCACUUCAUCACCAACGAGGUCGUGUACCAAGGCUGGUUUGUCCCCGACCCAAGUCCGAUCUUCCACCUCGUCUUCGAUGUCGAGUGGGGCCCUCGCAUACACCUCAGAGUCGGAGCGCAGAUGCCUACCCUGACAUUCAACAUGACGGAGAAACGCGUGGCGGUGUGUCGCAGACCAAGCUGGUUUGCGUCGAGACAAGCGAUGGUUAUGCCGGCCAGUUUGGGUGCUGGACCCAUGGUCACCACUUCCGCUGCUGGCGCUACUGGGGCGGAGAUUGAAAUUGAGGUUGCGGGUAUGGAUUGA